CACCACCGCCGUCUUCUCCGCCACCCUUCCGCGACUCUCUCUCUCUCUCUCUCUCCCUCUCAAAAUCCGCCGCCUCGAGCUUCAAGCUUCUACACUCCACCAUUCACUCGUCGCGCACGCGACCAGCUUUUGACUUCCCCGAUGAACCACCUCCGCUCCCCGACCGCCCGUCCACCGCCCGCCACCGCCCUCCUCUGCCCCAAGCACCCCUUCCGAGUCCGCGAGUUCCGCGUCUACAAGCGUCGCAAGCUCAAGCCAGCCAGCCGCCGCCACCUGCCCCUCAGGGCCCAGCUCGGUGAUUUCCAUCUUCCCUUCGACGACCUUCUCCACGGCCUCGUGUCUCGGCUCUCUCCCGAGGUCCUCCUCCCCGGCGCCUUCGGCUUCGCCUCCGGCACCGCCUUCUCCAUCGCUCGGCGGAAGGCCGGGCGGAGCAAGCGGGACCGGCGGUGCUCCGACGUCGGCGAGUGGAUUCUCUUCUCCAGUCCGACGCCGUUCAACCGCUUCGUGCUGUUGAGGUGCCCGUCGAUAUCGUUCCAGGGGAGCGAGCUGCUGGAGGACGUGAAUGAGAAGUUGGUGAAGGAGGAUCGGCAUUUCGUGAGGCUCGAUAGCGGGAGGAUGCAGGUGAGGGAAGGUGACGGUGCGCUGGAGGAGAAAUUGGAGUAUCAGAGAGUCUGCGUCGGGGCGGCAGACGGAGGUGUGAUUUCGAUCGAUUGGCCGGCGAAUUUGGAUUUGAGGGAAGAGCAUGGGUUGGAUUCAACGCUGUUGCUGGUGCCAGGGACGGCGGAGGGGAGUAUGGAUGAGAAUGUGAGGGCGUUUGUUUGUGAGGCGCUGCGGCAUGGGUUUUUUCCGGUUGUGAUGAACCCAAGGGGAUGCGCUGGUUCGCCCCUUACGACGGCGAGGUUAUUCACAGCUGCUGACAGCGAUGAUAUCUGCACAGCUGUUCAGUUUAUCAGUAAGGCGAGGCCUUGGACAACAUUGAUGGGGGUUGGGUGGGGUUUCGGGGCAAAUAUGCUGACAAAGUACCUCGCUGAGGUUGGGGAGAGGACACCUCUGGCAGCAGCAACAUGCAUAAACAACCCUUUUGAUUUGGAGGAAGUGACAAGGUCCUCAUCACAUCAUGUUGGCACGGAUGAGAAUCUCACCAGUGGGCUAGUAGACAUUCUGCGUAGCAAUAAGGAGCUCUUCCAAGGGAGAGCAAAAGGAUUUAAUGUGGAAAAGGCUUUGGUAGCAAAAUCUGUGCGAGAAUUUGAGAAAGCAAUAUCUAUGGUAUCUUAUGGUUUUGAAGCAAUAGAAGAUUUUUAUUCAAAGUCAAGCACACGAGACUCAGUAGGAAGCAUGAAGAUUCCCGUUCUCUUUAUGCAGAGUGAUGAUGGAGAAGUGCCCCUUUUCUCUGUUCCACGCAGUAAGAUAGCAGAAAAUCCUUACACAAGCCUAUUAUUGUGUUCUUGUCUGCCAUCUAGUGCUGCUGCUGACAGCAGAUCUGCUCUAUCUUGGUGCCGGCAUCUUACAAUCGAGUGGCUUGCGGCAGUGGAACUUGGGCUUCUGAAGGGUCGUCAUCCUCUCUUGUCAGAUAUAGAUGUGACCAUAAACCCCUCAAAAGGCUUUCCUCUUGCGGAAGGGAAAACAUCCAACAAGAGUGACAAAGUUAGCAAGUACUUUGAAUUUACCAGAACAAAUGGUUCAAAUGGACAUGCAAUUGGUCCUAGAGAUAAGAUGCUUGAAGAUUUUGGUGCUGGUUAUGGCAAUUUUCAAUCUAGGCAGAGCCCCAGAAGAGAGUUAGACGGUGCUAUGCAUCAGAGCAGCACUCUUGAUGGAGAGCUGGUCAAGGAGGAAGAUUCUUCAACAGUUACAGAAAAAGGACAGGUGCUACAGUCAGCACAAGUAGUUAUGAAUAUGCUUGAUGUAACUAUGCCUGGUAUUCUAGCAGAAGAGGAGAAGAAGAAGGUCCUUACUGCCGUCAAUCAAGGGGAGACUCUCAUGAAGGCUUUGCAGGAUGCUGUGCCAGAAGAUGUUCGGGAUAAGCUCACAACUGCUGUAUCUGGAAUUGUGCAUACUCAAGGUUCUAACUUGAAACUGGAUGGGAUCCUUGACAUCGGUAGCAUUCCCAGUUUUUCAUCUGGCAUGAAGUCCCAGAUUCAAGAAACUGAGAGUGGAAUCUCAAUUAAAGAUGGCCUACAUAAGGAUACCUAUUCUUCAGAUCAAAUGCAUAAAAGUGAUAACUUGGCCUUGGGAAAUGCUUCUGAUGACAAUCAGCUGCAAAAAGAAAACCCUGCUACCUUAGAAGCAGAACAUCACUCAACAGAUAGAUCAGUGAGCGUUAAUGAAGAUGAUAUCCAGAAAGAUGCCAGGGACUUGGGUGAUAAUCAUGAUAAUGCUGAAUCUUUGAAAAAUCCUAGAACAGAUGACAAGAGUGUGGUUGCUGAUUUGGCAACAAAUGAGGAGUUUAACAGCCAGAAAAAUGAAGAGAAGAGUGGGGACUCUUUAGCUGAACCAAGAAAGAUAACAUCAGCGAACAAGGCAGAAGAAUUUCAAUCGCCCUCUGGAUCCCCUUCUGAGACCCAACAAAUAGAAAAUGAUGAUAGUGAUCCUCAGAAAAGAGAAAAUAAGAGCUUGCAGCCUGUUAUGGAACAGAAUAAGUCCAGCAUUACCGGUUCCAGUUCCUCCACCUUCUCAGUUUCGGAAGCGCUAGAUGCCUUAACAGGGAUGGAUGAUUCCACCCAAGUGGCUGUCAACAGUGUUUUUGGUGUUUUGGAGGAAAUGAUUACUCAGUUGGAAGAGAGUUCAGAUAGGAAAAAUGAAGAGAACGACAAGGUUGGGGACGGCGAACUCGAUUCGUUGUCCUCGAAACAUGAUCAUGUCCAUGAGAAGGCAACUGAACAGAAAAAUGUAGAUGCAUGCAAUCGCCAAGAGAAGACUGUUGCACAAAAUAAUGGAAAGAAUGAAUUUGAGGCUGAGAAGCCAGCUCAAGUGUUUGUAGAUAGUAACCGGCUUUCUGAAGGAGAGGGCAUAUCUGACAACAUAGAUAAGCAGAUUGGAAAAAGUCACGGUCAAUUAGUCAACAGAAAACUUGUAGAUAGUAGUCCGGAGCUUAGACGUGUAAAUAAUAUUCCUUUGUACCCAAGACCCAAUGCAUACGGAGAUUUUCUUCAUGAUGCAUAUUUUCGCAGCUAUCUUCUUUCUAAGUACCCAACCAAGUCACUUGAUAAGGAUGCAACUACGGCCCUAUUACUUGACUAUAUCCCAGAAGAGGGCCAAUGGAAACUCUUGGAACAACCAGGAAGCAAUGGAUAUUCUGCUGUUUUACUCACUAAGAAGAGACAUCUUAAUAAUGAACUCCUUUGUUCGGGAGAAGAAAAGGGAACUAUCGAACCCUCCUACACAAUACUCGACACUGAAAAACAGAAUCCAAUUCAAGAAAACGAAAUGAUUGACAGGAUGGAUAAAAAGGCUGGUAUUGAUGAUACUAGAUCAACUGAGCUGAUGGAUUUUGUUAGAAAGAUUAUCCUUGAUUGUUUGCAGGUUGAAGUUGAUCGCAAGCACAACUUAGAAGAUAUGGAGGAAUUGGAAUCCAGUCUUGCCAGAGAUUUUGAUCAUGUUGCUGAUGCUGUGUGUCUAGUCGUUGACCAUGAAAAGGAGCACGUUUUAGACUUGGAAACAAGAAAACAUAGCAUUGGUCAAGGUUCAUUGAAGUUGGGCAGCCUUCAAGGAGAGCAAAUAAUUACUGCGAUAUCAUCUGCUGUCCAGGAAACAAAUUAUUUGAGAAGAGUACUUCCAGUAGGUGUUAUCGUAGGCUCUUGCCUAGCAGCUUUGAGAAAGUCUUUUGAUGUGGCAACAACACAGGAUAAUGUCGAAAUGAACACUGACCUUAGUCAAGCUCAAAAACUUGGGAAUGUUACUCACGAUGAUUUUGAUGAGAAAGACGUAAUUCAAUCACAAAAAUUUGCAGAGAUCAGUAGUACCAAGCUCAGCGCUACUGGUAUUGAUGAAUCAGCCUUUAAGAAAUUUGAUCAAGAUGCUCCGAGUGCUUCACUAUGCAAAGGAGAGAGAGAUAAUGAUGGGAAGAAUGGGAACAACAACAAAGCUAUGGCUGGCAUGGUUGCUGCUGCUGCUCUGGGAACAUCUGCUUUAUUGGUGCAACAUGAAUUGGACAAUUGCGACAGCAUUGGAGAUGGAGGAGCGCAGAAAAAGGAACUCGACAAACUUGAUGAUGCAUCAUCAGGAAAAGACGAGAAUAACAUAGUCACAAGCCUUGCAGAAAAAGCGAUGUCUGUGGCUGGUCCUGUAGUUCCUACAAAAGAUGGUGAAGUUGAUCAAGAAAGGCUGGUAGCUAUGCUGGCGGAUUUGGGUCAGAGGGGUGGAAUGCUGAAGCUGGUUGGUAAAAUUGCCUUGCUUUGGGGUGGCUUACGUGGUGCUAUGAGUUUGACUGAUAAACUCAUAUUGUUUCUGCGUAUAGCGGAAAGACCACUAUUUCAGAGGAUUGUGGGGUUCGUUGCCAUGGUUCUUGUUCUCUGGUCGCCUGUUGUCGUUCCACUGUUUCCAACACUCGUGCGGAGCUGGAUGUCGCAUAGCUCCUCUGGAAUUGCUGAUUUUGCUUGCAUUAUUGGCCUUUACAUUGCUGUUACGAUACUUGUUAUGUUAUGGGGCAAGAGGAUCCGUGGGCAUGAAUAUCCCCUUAAGCAAUAUGGGCUGGAUUUGAUGUCAAUGCAGAAGAUCCAAGCUUUUUUGAGGGGUUUGGUUGGGGGAAUUUUGCUUGUUUUAUCCAUACAGUAUGUUAAUUCGUUAUUAGGCUGCGUGAGUUUUUCUUGCCCUCCAAGUCUUCAUUCAUCGUCUUUAGAUGCCAUGACAAGGCUCAAGUCGUAUGGGCAAAUGCUCAUCUUGGUCGGUCGAGGUGCUGUUACAGCAAUUUCUGUUGCCGUUGUGGAAGAGUUGCUUUUCAGAUCAUGGUUAAUUGAAGAAGUUACUGCUGAUCUUGGAUAUCAUCAGGGAGUUAUUCUGUCGGGGCUUGCGUUCUCCCUGUUCCAGAGGUCUCCAUGGGCGAUACCUGGGCUGUGGCUCUUAUCACUAUGCUUGUCUGGGCUUCGACAUAUCAGUGAAGGAAGCCUUGCUGUUCCAAUCGGGCUCCGAGCCGGGAUAAUAGUCUCAAGUUACACUCUCCAAUCAGGUGGCUUUUUGGUCCACAACCCCAACUUCCCGCUUUGGAUAACUGGGACUCAUCCUUUCCAACCAUUUAGCGGGAUAGUUGGCCUUACGUUCUCUUUGGUGUUGGCAAUUAUGCUCUAUCCAAGAGAAGCCGCCAUGAACAAGGAACUUAUAAGGUCUAUGCGGGAGUAGCUACCUGACUAGUGGGUGGGAUGCACAAUUUGGAGGGCAUAAUAGGACUCUCUGCAUUCUGGGUAGACGCAUCGAUAGUCACGGGAGUUUGUUUUAGCCUCGGCCGGUUUUUUAUCUUCUUUUACUCAAGGUGGUGUAGAUAAAAAUAGAAUACGUCAGAACAGAAGGCAAUUUUGACAGGGUGUGUUGUGUCGAUGCAGAUGUAAAUAACGGAAUCACAUGAAAUUGUACAGUAUGAGCUCUCUCCACGUCCUGUUCUUUUGUAUAUAUCGUCCUCUCUCUAUACGUCGGAUGUGUACAGCUGACCAGAACAGUACAUACAGCCUAUUCGGAUAGACAAGUUUUCCUUCUGAUUUUGUUGAA